CUUCUCAUCCAGCCAAUCAGCGGACCGCUAUUUUGAUCUUCUAGCCAAUCGCAGCGCAGGAAGCGGGAUUUGUCGGAAUACGGGUGGGAUGACGUCGUUCCAGUGUGUGUGUCCCACGGUCCAGGUGGGGGCGCUAGUUCUGUUACAGUGGGUCUCCAAAAACUAUGAACGUCUGCAUGAUUACAGAGAGAAAAAGGAGCUGAUCUGCUGAAGAUAAAGAGCGGUUUGUUAUUUUUUCACUGUGUUUACUGAAGCUGGUGGAGAAAUGUUCUCUUUUUAAAGAGUGAGAGGUAAAAUAUGUGAAGUAGCAUCCUUCCUCUAGACUGAGCAGAGCCGAGGAGGCUAAUGUUAGCACUUAGCUCUGUGAUUUUGGGUGACGAUGAUGUUUUUCUAGCUGGGUUGGAGAAGAGAAUGAUCCCCUCUUGGAAGUCUGCUCCUGCUGAUAGUGUCCAAUUCCCUGCACAUCUCUAAACUACAUCCAGAAACACAUCAAGAAACGCCAACAAAAGGACAUCACACAGCUGAAAUAGAGAAAGAUGGAAUGUGAGAAUAUGGGGUCCACAGACUCUGGUACAUUCUCUGCUGCUGUUCAUACGGACACAACUCACACAUAUACACAAAAGAUUGUGUGCAAAAAAAGAACUCACCAGUGCUCAGACUGUGGAAAGAGUUUUGCUCUACAGUCUAAUCUCCUAAUACACCAGCGCACUCACACAGGAGAGAAACUGUAUCACUGCUCAGAAUGUGGAAAGAGUUUUGUUACACAGAGUGAUCUCCAAAAACACCAGCACAUUCACACAGAAAAGAAACCGUAUCACUGCUCAGAGUGUGGAAAGAGUUUUACUAAAAAUAGCAAUCUUCAGCAACACCGGCGCAUUCACACAGGAGAGAAACCGUAUCACUGCUCAGAGUGUGGACAGAACUUUAUUACACGGAGUCAUCUCCAAACACACCAGCGCUAUCAUACAGGAGAGAAGCCGUAUCACUGCUCAGAGUGUGGGAAGAGUUUUGUUACACAGAGUCAUCUCCAAACACACAAGCGCAAUCACACAGGCGAGAAACCGUAUCACUGCUCAGAGUGUGGAAAGAGUUUUACUGUACGAAGUCAUCUCCAAACACACCAACGCAUUCACACAGGAGAGAAGCCAUAUCGCUGCUCAGAGUGUGGGAAAAGUUUUAGUACACAGAGUCAUCUCAAACAACACCAGCGCUAUCACACAGGUGAGAAACCGUAUCACUGCUCAGAGUGUGGGAAGAGUUUUGUUUUACAGAGUCAUCUUCAAGUACACCAACGCUAUCACACAGGAGAGAAACCGUAUAACUGCUCAGAGUGUGGGAAAAGUUUUGUUACGCAGAGCCUCCUCCAAACACACCAGCGUAUUCACACAGGAGAGAAACCGUAUCACUGCUCAGAGUGUGGACAGAGUUUUACAGUACGAGGUGAUCUUCAAAGGCACCAGCGUAUUCACACAGGGGAGAAGCCCUAUCACUGUUCAGAGUGUGGGAAGAGAUUUGCUCUACAGAGUAGUCUCCAAACACACCAGCGCAUUCACACAGGAGAGAAACCAUUUUGCUGCUCAGAGUGUGGAAAGAGAUUUAAAUACAAGAGUACUUUCAAAAAACAUCAGCGCUUUCACACAGGAGAAAAACCGUAUCACUGCUCAGAGUGUGGACAGAGUUUUACAGAACGUGGUUCCCUCCAGAAACACCAGUACAUUCACACAGGAGAGAAACCAUAUUACUGCUGUGAGUGUGGACAGAGUUUUACUCGACAGAGUAACCUCCAAAUACACCAGCGCAUUCAUACAGGGGAGAAACCGUAUAGCUGCUCAGAGUGUGGACAGAGUUUUAGAGACAAUGCUGCUUGCAAGAAACACCAACGCAUUCACACAGGAGAGAAAUAAUACUUCAAACAGUAUGUCUCAAAUCAAAAAACAUGUUUUUGAACUGAACACAGGGCUCAGAAAAAAUAUUUUACUAUUUAUCUAAUAAUUUAAAAAAUUAGCUAAUUAAAAGAUGCCGGGUAAAUAAGUAGGCCCUUUCCCCAUUUUUUGUUUUAACAGUAUUGUUCUUCCAACAUGUGUCAACAUGCUCUUAAGCACAUGAAUAAAAAUCUGUAAGCUGCCCAAGCAGUUCAAGUUAUAGUUGAGAAGCCGCCAUUUUAAGAUAGAUAGAUAAAUAGAUACUUCAUUGAUCCCAAAGGAAAUUUCGCAGCCAGUAGCAGUCACACAACACAGAACAGUAGCAGUAGUAAGAGUAAGGGUAAGUGUUGUCUUCUGUGUACCAUGAAGAGUUGUGAUUCAGUUCCAUCUGAACUACACAGUGCUAAGUUAUGCUAUGAAUAACAAUCAUUGAAUAAGGGACAAAAACACUGGUUUUCCAACAUUUUUCAGCAUUGAGGCAGAAUGUUCUGGUGUGGUUUAUCAUCACAAUGAGAGAUGAAUCAAAGGCAUGUCCAUCCUAGCUGCCCAGAGAUAGGACAGCUGUUCUCGCCUGGACUCCGGAGUCACAGAUAGCUGAGGCAGUGCCAUUGACCUUUGUCAAUAGCGCUGUAAACUACAGGCUGAUGUCCAGCAUUGUUUGGUUAUUUUGUUCCUGUUGCCACGUCAUGUAAACCUGGUAAUUUACUGCUGAGUCAAAUCGUGUAUUGUGUUAGAAAAAACACAGUACUUCCAUGAAACUGACUCAUGGAAGCACUGAAGCCAUCACCAUCUUAAAGCACACACUAAAAGUGUGUGAAAGUAUAUAAGUAUAUGAAACAUGAUUCAUCUUAUCCUGUUUAAGUCCACUGGCAACUAAUGUUCCUAGAGUGGGCUUGGCCAAAGCUUAUUUAAAAUGGACUGAAUCAAAAUGGAAAACUGUUCUGUGGUUCUUUUGGAAACCACAGACAUGGUGUCCUGCAUACUCGAGAGGAGAGGGACCAUUCAGCUUGUUAUCAGUGCACAGUUCAAAAGCCUGCGUCUCUAAUGGUCUGGGGUUGCAUUAGUGCCUAUGGCAUGGGCAACUUACACAUCUGGAAAGGCACCAUCAAUGCUGAACAAUACGUAGAGAUUUUAGAACAACAACCCAUCCAGAUAACGUCUCUUUCGGGGAAGGCCUUGCAUAUUUUGGCAAGACGAUGCUAAACCACAUACUACAUCCAUCACAACAGUAUGGCUUCACAGAAAAAGAGUCUGCGUGCUGAACUGGCCUGCAGUCCAGAUCUUUCACCAACAGAAAACUUGGCACAUCAUGAAAUGAAAUAUCCCAGGACUGUUGAGCAGCUAGAGUCCUACAUCAGACAAGAACGGGACAACAUUCCAAUCCCAAAACUAUAGCCAUUGGUCUCCUCACUUCCCAGACAUUUACAGACUGUUGUUACAAUAAGAGGGGAUGCUACACAAUGGUAGACACGGCCCUGUCCCAAAUCUUUUGAGAUGCGUUGCUGCUAUCAAGUU